AUGGUCAAGAUUCACACUGGCAUGCAGCACAGUAUAAUCUGGGUCGCACAACCACUGUGCCACCCCCUCAGCGACCCCACCAUGGCGGACAAGCUCAGGAAGGCUGGCUACGCCACUCACGCAGUGGGCAAAUGGCACAUGGGCUACUACAAAAAGGGUUGCUGGCCAACAAAUCGAGGGUUCGAUUCCUUCUUUGGAUUGUUAACGGGUAGAGGGGGUUUCUACACACACAAACACUACGGAGGACACCCUGGAUUGGUAGACUCGAAGAAUUGGUCCGGGUACGACCUAAGGGACAAUCUGGAGCAGGUAGCACAGGACUACCAAGGUGUCUACUCCACCCAUCUCUUCACUCAGAAAUCACAAAAUAUUAUUCGUCGGCAUAACAGGUCAAAGGUCAGUGAACAAAAUAUGUUCCGUUGUUUAAAAUUGUGGUCGGCUUUUGUCAUGGGAAAGUUUCCACUGUUCCUCUACCACUCCUUCCAAGCUGUCCACUAUCCGCUUGAGGUCCCUCCCCGGUACAUGGAAGACUUCAACUACAUUGCUGAUGAGCGGAGACGGACCUACGCCGGCAUGGUGAAAUGUAUGGACGAAGCGGUCGGCAACCUCACCAGAACGCUGAAGAAAACCGGAUUGUGGAACAACACCAUAAUCAUCUUCUCUUCAGACAACGGAGCUAAUUUCAACUAUGGCGGUAGCAACUGGCCUUUGCGUGGGAUGAAAAGAUCCCUGUGGGAAGGCGGUAUCAAGUCCGUAGGUUUCAUCGCCAGUCCCUUACUGCCGAAACUUGUUCGCGGAACCGUCAACAAUAAUCUAUUUCACGUAACCGACUGGUUUCCCACCCUAGUCAGGGGCGUGGCCAGAGGUAGUCUGAAGGGCACACACCUUGAUGGACACAAUCUAUGGAAGCAUCUGCUAAACAAAAAGAAGACCCGGGGUAAAGACAGUUGGCCGCGGAAAGAGAUACUGCACAACAUCGACCCGUAUUCUCCUAUUUUCAGUGAGCUACCUCGAUGGUUUUCAAUUAACUUCCCAGCAGCGAUUCGUUAUGAGAACUGGAAACUUAUCACGUCUCAAAUCGGAAACAGAAGCUGGGUACCACCCCCAGAAUCCGGGGAGAACACCAUCCACUCAACGGAUACACCCGAAAAGCGAGUAUGGCUCUUCGACAUAUCCGAAGAUCCGAAAGAAAUGAACGAUUUAUCCUUAGAGAGGACAGAUAUUACUUACUUCCUUUUAAGGCGUCUUGGGUCAUAUCUACGAGGUUCUGUUCCUAUACGAUACCCCGGACCAGAUAUACGAGCGAACCCUUCUCUGCAUAACGGUUCGUUUAGCGACUGGAUUCUGUGAAUAUGUCAUGAAAUUUUCUAUACUUAAAGCGAUACUGAACUGAUGAACAUUCAACC